AUGGAGAACGAGAACGACUGGCAGGAUGCAGCUUUCAACACGCGUCACUUGCACAACCGAAACGACCGAGGUGGCCGUGGACAAAAGCGCCAUGAAUUCCAGGUCAGCAACAUGUUUGGCACCCAUCUGAUCAAGUGUCCCGCCAUCGACCGGCUGCAGGCAGAUGGCGCAAAUGCCGCGGCGAGCGCGGGGAACUCCAACAAGGCUAAGAGGCGGAGGAGCAGCGCAAGCGGCGAGGUCGUACUCGAGAUCUACCGGCUGACAGACGACGAGGACGGGCUCCUCGGCUCGCUCAAGUCUGCCGGGGUCAUGGACGCCACUGUUGUUUUCGCGGGCAGCAGAAAGCUGCUGUGGAGGAUUUGGAGCCAGCUCGGGGGCACUGGAGCAGCCGACUCGGGGGAAGCUGAGUCCAAGGGGAAGAAGACAGCCGAGCGAAUGGCAGGUAUCCCCAAUGGCAAGAAGGCAUCCGGACGCAGCGGCAAAGGCGGCAGAAAGGCUUUUGUAGGAGACGAGGGUCAGGAGGACGAGGAUGAUGGAGAAGGUGAUGAUGACGAUGACGACGACGACGAUGAUCUGCAGUCCUUGUCUAGCUCUAUCGACUCGGAAGAGCGUCAGCGCCGUCGCACCUCGACCUUUGAGAAGAACUCAUUCCGUCACCCCAAGUUUUGGUUUCGCUGGCAGGGGCAGAUAUCCGAUGAGGCCUCGGUGCCAGAUGACGCGGUCGACAACAACGGCAAUGUCCAUGGCUCUGGGUACAUCGUCUUCUCCGGGAACGACUGCAAGCGUUUUCAAGGCACAAUGACCUCGGAGCAGCUGGCCUGGAACAAUGUCAAGAUGAGCGGGUGGAAGGCAAAGCCCCAGCCGGAGCGAGACUUUGAGGUUGAAUGGUGA